ACAUUCGAACACUCGCAGACCAGAAACGAAAGAUGGCUAUUAAGUCGGCAAUCUCCUUUGCAUUCAUCAGCUCAGUGAUUCUGGUGCUUGUUUUGGGUACCGAUGUCGGUGACAUUGCGAUCUACUGGGGUCAGAGUGGAAACGAAGGCACAUUACCAGAGUCGUGUGCGACCGGAAACUAUGGCUUUGUCAACUUAGCAUUCCUUCCCACAUUCGGAAAUGGUCAGACUCCGAUGAUCAACCUUGCUGGUCAUUGUGAUCCUUAUAGCAAUGGAUGCACUAAUUUAAGCUCAGACAUCAAAUCAUGUCAAGCAAAGGGGAUUAAAGUAAUGCUUUCUAUUGGAGGAGGAGCAGGGGGCUAUUACCUUUCCUCAUCCCAUGAUGCUAGACAGGUUGCAACCUACUUGUGGAACAAUUUUUUGGGCGGAAAAUCGGUUUCUCGACCUUUCGGUAAUGCGGUUUUGGAUGGAAUUGAUUUUGUUAUCGAAGGCGGAACGAACCAACAUUGGGAUGAUCUUGCCAGGUACCUCUCCGGGUAUGGCAAACGUGGCGGCACCAAAGUAUACUUGACAGCAGCCCCUCAAUGUCCAUUCCCGGAUGCUUGGGUUGGAGGUGCCCUUAAGACUGGCCUUUUUGACUAUGUUUGGGUACAAUUCUAUAACAACCCUACAUGCCAAUACACAGCUGGUGAUAUUGGGAACCUUGAAAAUGCAUGGAAGCAGUGGACUACCUAUGUUCCAGCCACCAAAAUUUUCUUAGGACUACCGGCAUCACCCAAGGCAGCCGGUAGCGGCUUUAUCCCUGUAGCUGAUCUUACUUCUCAAGUACUUCCUGCCAUCAAAGAUUCUUCCAAGUACGAAGGCAUAAUGUUGUGGUCUAGGUACUAUGAUGAACAAAGUGGAUACAGUUCUGCCAUUAAAAAUUAUGUGUAAAAGAAUUUGUAUCUGUCAUAUUUGUAUUAGUAUCUGUGUUUCUGUUUGUUAUAUAAGCAUUAAUAUAUGUGUUUAACCAUGCUUUUAAUGUAAUGGAAAUAUGUAUUCUACAUGUUUGA